GCCUGGAAGCCCUCCACGCCAUGACCAAGGGCAAGAACCACGAACUGCGCGUCAACAUAACCGACUGGAACGACAGCGAGACCUGGGCCGAGUGGAAGGAGUUCAGCGUGGCGGGUGAGGACAAGUACUACCGUCUGAAGGUGAGCCGCUACACCAGCAGCUCCCAGGCAGGAGACGCCCUCAAGUGGCACAAUGGGAUGAGGUUCUCCACACCCGACCGUGACAAUGAUGCUCUUCUGGGUGGCCACUGCGCUAAAAAGAACAGCGGAGGCUGGUGGUACCGAGGCCACCGGGGUUGCUACCAGGCCCACCCCACAGGCAGGUAUCAGCACAGCCCAGGCAACCCCCCACCCCCCACGGCCAACUCCCGCAACUUCGACAUGGGUCCUGUGCUUGUGUGGCAAAACUGGCGCGGCGAGAGCUACUACCCCAAGUCUCUCUUCCUUAUGUUCCGACCGGCUAUUAACUAAAUGACGAAGGGGAUCCCCCUCCAUUUUUUUUUUUUUUUGGUUUUGGUCUUGCUUCACUAUGGGUACCAAUAUGCUGGUGGUCAGAUUUAUUAUUCUUUCUCGGUUGGAAAAAAGGGGGUAAAAAAUUCAGAAAGGAAAAGCAACUAUGUAUUGUCUAAAUCCACGCUGAAGGUAAGAUAGUUGGAGCAGCAUAAUACUUCCAAGUGAAAAUGGUUUGCCAAAAUAAGUCUAAGAACCUUUUUUUUCUUUUUCUUUAACCUGUUUUAUGAUCAAAGUUAAAGCCAAACAACCAUUGUCUUUUUCCUUCUGUAGUCUAGUAGAAAAAUGUAUUCUGGGAUCAAUGUCUUAAUGGAAUGGUUGUAUUUCUAUAGUAAUUUAUUCUGGGUGUUGCAAAGUAAACCUUUCAAAUCACCCAAAAAAUUGCAAGGACACAGCAAAGGAAAUCUAAAUGAUGUUAAAUAAAAAGAGAGAGAGAAGUGAAUUAAUACAAUGAUUCUGACAAAGUAAAUAUAAGUUAUUAUAUGGUAGAGGUUUCCAGUAUUUUUCUUAAUGCAUCAGAGGAGGAUAUUUUUAUGCAUUUUACAGUCCAAAAAAGAUGGCAUUUUACUGUAGGAAAAACAUAUAAAUCAUAAAAGAAAAUAAAAAAAAUCUGAAUAAACUCUAGUCUUAAAUAUGUAUGAAUUCGUCAUAAACUUCUUGUGAAAUAAUUUUGAGUACAGUAUUAAGGUUAUAAUAUAUACAUACAUAUAUACAUAUACUUAACUCCCUACCAAUGUCUUCUAUGAGCAUAAAGAAUUUUUUUCAAUCAGUUUCGUUCAUUAUACAAGUAUUAUCAUUAGAUUUACCCCAAAGACAUCGGGGAUAAAAAGAAAUUGAUGUGAAAAAAGGCAUUUAGAGAAGGUGAAGUUAAUGAGUAUAGUUCUGAAAAAGUUUAUAUAAAUAUACGUAGGAUAAAAUCAAACAAAUUAAUCCAAAUUUUUUGCCAUUCAGAUACAAGUCACCUUUUUGCGAUACUUAACCACCUUUGGGUGAGGGUUUCCUGUGUAAUAAAAAGAUAUGUAUACCCAUUUGUUGAAAAGAUGAAUGAACACCUCACUCCAUAUGGCUGGUCACGGUUAUUCUCUAUUGCCGCGUAACUGUUGUGUUAGAAUUUCCGUAGGUCUUAGCUCCAUAGGCUCUUCCAAAUAAUUCUCCUUGGAUUCAUCUUAAAAAACCCUCCCCCCCAUCUCAGCUAAAAAUGACAGAGACAACCAAAAAUACAAUCUAAAUAAAGAAACAUCAUCCUACACAAACUCAUAGAUCCAAACUUUUUUCUCCGAUAGCAAAGUCGUAUAGGAUAUAAAAAAGGGAAUGGUUUGCUUUCUGAAAACCUUUUUCUGAAACACUUUAGGAUUACAAUAAACAAGGACAGGGUUUAUAAAAAAGAGUAAUCUAGAAUUGUAAUGUAAUGGAACCCUGUGUGACCUUCAGUGUGCUGGCCUAGCUGCUUCUUUGUGCAAUGGUAUGAGUUCUUGUUUCAGUGUGAUUUUGGUCAAAAUUUUGGUCUUUAAAGGAAAAACCAUACAUAUUGAUGUUCUGUCGUCGACAUACUGACAUCUCUAGGGGCUGUGGAUGGGUUUGGGUGUCCAUUCUCUAAGACUGUAUAGAAAUGCAAGUCUUUUACUUUUAAAUACUGCAAAUCUGAAUUGUGUCAUUUUAUUGCAUUAUGGGAGAACGAAAUCUGAAUGUGGGAAAGAAGGCGAUACAGUAUAUACAAAUGACUUUACUUCAUCAGAAGGCAAAGAGAGAGAGAAAAAAAAACUCAUUUUAAUGCAACUUAAAAAAAAAUUAUCCAAAAAAAGAAGAAAAAUACUGAAGGAUACAAAAUUACAAACCAUACACUAAAUUUGUCAGAUGGACACACAGACCCACACCCCAGCUGACUCUUUCCUUCAGUACAACGCAGUAUGACACAAGUACUAUCAUUCAUGGCACUAAAACUGAGACUUUAGGGAGGUUGAGACAUAAGUAGCAAAAUAUUCAAUGCAUAUUAAUUUCUUGUUCUUGAAACUUUUUGAACUUGAAUCAUUCAGUUAGUGCAUGCAUAACAUAUUAGAAGAUACAUAAUAACCCUACAGGUAGUUUAUUUGAGAUAUGUUUAGAAGAAAGAAUUCUUGAACGUGUGUAGAGUUGAUGGACUUUGCCGACUGACAGCGAAAAAAUCCAGCUUAAUGAUCUACACAAGUGAACAAAUGACGUGUUUUCAAUAAUGAACAAAAUUGAGUAUAAAUUUAAGCUGGAUAUUGUUUAAUCGUUAAUUUACGUGGAAGAUUUCUCGGAUGCAUUUUCCUUUUCCUCAAUUAAAAAAUCUUGACUAAAUCCCUUAAAAGAAUUUGCAAGGGCACUGCUGUUUCAGUUUUCAAGAAAAAUACAUAAAUAAGUGUGUCCUCUUUGUAUAAAGUGACAAUUUGAACACACAUGUAAGCCCACACAUUUUGUUUCCUUGUGUAUAAACCUAUCACAUGAUCUAGAAUUCUUUUUGUGGAAAAUAUUCUUAGUAAUUCAUCUUCUGUCUACCUUCUACAUAUUAUAGCACUGCCAUGAGAGCAGUUCAAUUUACGUAGCUCAGUUUUUCCAGAGACUUCAUGUGGAUAUUUUGUCUGUGGUCAAGUGGGACUUUUAUCUUUAUCAUUUGCCGGUAUUUCAAAUUGUUAUGAGCCCAUUCUCACACAAGGUGUAUAUACAUAUAUCAUUUCCAACACACCUCACCAAGGGAGAUACAAAUAAAGACAAAGAAAGAAGUAAACUCUGCAUAAAAAAAAACAUUAAUUGGAAUUAUGCAAAAUAAAUCCAAGUAUAACGCAACAUAAUAGAAUAAUAAACGAAAAAAAAGAAAAAAAAAAAAGAACAGGCCAGUCCGCUCCUUGCCCAUGCCAAACUACCUACCCUCAGUUGAUGAUAGGUCGUGCCACACACACAAAAAAAUAAAAGGUUUUGCUUCACCCGAAUAAUUUAUCAAUCCUAUAUUUUCAACACAAAAUAAAAGAAAGCAUGAAGAAGUGCUACAUAUGUGCCCAAAAAUAAAACGGGAAAGUACAGCCGAAUUAGGGUGUUUGGUGCCAACCGAUCAUUAACUAGUGUAUUAAGAAAACUACUUUAGCUACUAAAUUCUAAAAAACAAAACAAAAAAAACUAAACAAAAAAAUUAAAAACAAAUAAAAAAAUGAAAAAAAAUCUUUCCUCAAAUUACAUUCAUAGAAAUAGAAUGAUAUUCCACGCAGAAAGUAUAUAGCAACUAACUAUGUAUUUUCACAGAUAUCAAACAGAACAGAACGAUCUCCGACAUAAUGACAACGUAAAAUGGAACAAAAAAAUAAACACAGGCAUUUCUUUAAAAAGGGUUAAAAUUGGAUCAGAGAGUUGUACAAAGCAUCUGCCGAGGUGUCAUCCACAAAAGACAACAGCUGUGCCAAAAACUUACCCCAUAACUAUAAGAUUUACUGUAGGCCUUAAAUUGUAGUGCUGUCUUGUGAAUAAACUUUAUACUUAACA